AAAAAAAAUCAAUUUCAUUUUUCUUUUUUUUUUUAUUAUUAUUAUUCUUCAAAGAUGCCUCCUUCCAUGCCUGAAUUCAGUUCUUCUUUUAAUCAUAAUAAACAAAAAUCAUCACAAGAAAGACGACCUUCCGGUUCUUCGUCAUCUAGUCAUGAAAAUGUAUCACCAUCACCACCAACGAUGCAGGAAAUCGACACGGUACGACAGACAUGGGAAAGAGUGUGUGAACGACGACAUAUGUAUGAUGAUCCCAGUGUAUCAGCAGCACAUGCCUUUGGUCUUUGUUUCUUUACUGCCUUGUUUGCCCUUGAUCCUUUGUUGAAAUCCACAUUUGGUAAUGUCUUGCAACAAGCACGCGCUCUAGCCGAGAUCAUGGCUUAUUUGACCCGAUCACCCUCCAUCAAAGGUCAAGUGGGCCCAUUAAGAGAUCAAGCUGACAUGACACGUCAAUACGAUCCAGAUGUGUGUCCUUUCCAUCAACCUUUGGAAGAAAAAUUUCAACAGCAACCUGAUCAGCAGGAGAAACAAAAGAAACGCUUACAAGAACAUCAGCAAGAAACUCAAUGGUUUGCUUACAAGUUACGUGAGGUUGGUAUCCACUAUGUGGAGGAUUAUGAUCUGAUGCCUGCUCAAUUGGAUUCUAUUGGUCCUGCUUUGAUGACUGCUCUCAAAGCUCGUUUGAAAGAUGAAUUUACCCCUCAUAUUAAACAAACUUGGACAAAGGUAUAUACUUUUACUUUUCAUCAUAUGAAAACAGGUAUGGAUGCUCAUAUGGCCUACCAUCGUCGUGCUAAAAGAUUAUCUUCUGGUUCCUAUUGUUCCGUUGAAGCCGGUGAAACCAAUGGUGUUUGUACGAUUCAGUAGUCCCUACACUCAUACUUUUUUUCUAUAUACCAUAGUUUAUCAACACAUUAUAUUUUAGUUGAUCAUCACACAAACACACACACACAUAUAUAUAUACAGUCUUUUACAUGAACGUUUUGAUAACGUUUUGUCAAAGUUGUCCUUUAUUUCAUUUUUUUUUUCUAUUCUACCAAUACAAAAUAAAAAAAGAAAAAUUAUACUAUAAAAGGUACAUUGAUGAAUCAAUCAU